AACAUUUUGUUACAAGACAGGGAAGUUAUCACGUACCCACAGCAAUACUCCUGUAGCGACAGCAUGGCAGCAUGUUGCAGCAUCCACUCAACCCAACAGCAUCUCUCAAAGCAAUCACCUAACCGCUCACCAUACACACACGCGCCUCUGCAGUCUGCACCUUCCCCUGAAAACUUUGAACAUAAAAGUGCAUCUCCCUCCCUCUCUUCCCCUUCCAAGGAGAGCACACACUGUCUCUCAUACAUAGGUGUUUCUUGGAGCCUGGAGAAGAGGAAGGGGCAGGGAGCAGAGGAAGAAGCUGUUGGGCCGGCCUGAAAUCUGAAGCAUUCAUUCAUUCGGAGUGUUGUCUGAUCUUAUUGCUGCUUGCCUCCCACUUCCCAGUGAGUAGCAUCCGUACCUUGGACUAACUCUCUUCACGGAUAAUUUGAAUUCAGACAAGCAGAUAAACCCCAGCUGGUCAAGAUGUCAGCUGGUUUCCAACACGGUGUGAUUGGGUCACUUGCACUCUCCGUUGCAUCUUCAGUUGCCAUUGUCAUCUGCAACAAAGCUCUCAUCAGCACACUUGGUUUUCCAUUUGCUACAACAUUAACAAGCUGGCAUCUGAUUGUGACCUUCUGCACCCUCCAUGUGGCACAGCGCUUACAUUUCUUUGAGCCCAAGGCAAUUGAUGGACAGACGGUGAUACUCUUUGGGUUACUAAACGGUACCUCGAUCGGCCUUCUCAACCUUAGUUUAGGAUUCAACUCCAUUGGAUUCUACCAGAUGACAAAAUUGGCGAUCAUACCUUUCACUGUGCUAUUGGAGACAAUCUUCCUGAAAAAAAGAUUCAGUGAGAGUAUCAAGCUUUCUCUUCUGGUCUUACUUCUUGGAGUAGGCAUCGCUUCAGUUACUGAUCUCAAGCUAAAUCUGCUUGGGUCCGUCCUUUCUGGCCUUGCCAUUGCCACCACUUGUGUUGGCCAAAUUCUAACAAAUACAAUACAGAAGAAGUUAAAGGUCUCCUCAACGCAGCUUCUGUACCAAUCUGCACCUUACCAGGCGGCUAUUCUGUUUGCAACUGGCCCUUUUGUGGAUCAACUCCUUACUAACCGCAGUGUCUUCGCACACAAAUACUCUGCUCUAGUUUUGGGUUUCAUCGUUCUAUCUUGCUUGAUUGCGGUGUCUGUGAACUUCAGUACAUUUCUUGUGAUUGGAACAACAUCACCAGUGACAUAUCAGGUGCUUGGACACCUUAAGACAUGUCUGGUUCUAUCAUUUGGCUACACUCUAUUACACGAUCCUUUCACUCUACGGAACAUAUUGGGAAUUCUGAUAGCCAUAUUUGGGAUGGCACUGUACUCCUACUUCUCAGUGAGAGAGGGCAAGAAGAAGUCAACAAAUGAUGCUCUGCCAGUUUCACAGAUGCCAGAUAAGGAGGUUGAACCACUUUUGGCAACGAAAGACAGCAAUGACACCAAAAAAGCAAAUGGUUUAUCUCACGACUGCUAACUGCUAAGGUUUUUCUUGUAGUGUAGAUCUAGUAUGAGCAACUACCCUUCCAAUCUAAAGGACCUGGAAAGCCAUUUCUUUCCAUUCUAGAUUUCCUUUUUAUGAAAGGAAGAUUUUUAUAUGUGUAGAGAAUGUAUAUUUUGACAUUACAAUUAUUAUUUUAUUAUACUUUUCA